AUGUUCACGGAUCUUGGCGAUAUUCCAUUUGAAUGGCAUCUUGAGUCCUCUUCGUUAUCUGAAAGACCUCUUCGAAUUGUGCCUUUUUCGCAGUCAAAAUAUGAAGCACCAGAAGGCGUACGCACGCUAGAGAAAGUCAAAAAACGAGGCUACGUGGUAUUGGUUGAAGGGGUGUCCACAGGUGCUGCCGUUCUCAGUGCGAAAUUGACCGGAUCACAUUUUAGG